GGUUGAUAGUCUCUGUGAGCGAAUAUUGUAGAUCAUAAUUGACUGAAUUAGACAGACAGUUUUUAUAUACUGUGAUCUUAAAUUUAACAAUGGCUAAACAAGAGCAGGUCUUGUACCUAGAACCUCAAACGGAGCUUCAUUUUAGAGGUCCAUUUACCGAUGUAGUUACAUCAAAUUUGAAGUUGACUAAUCCUACAGAACGCAGAGUUUGUUUUAAAGUGAAAACUACAGCACCUAAACGUUAUUGCGUACGUCCUAAUAGUGGAAUAAUAGAACCGAGACAAGCUGUAAAUGUUGCUGUAAUGCUUCAACCAUUUGAGUAUGAUCCUAAUGAAAAGAAUAGGCACAAGUUUAUGGUUCAGACAAUGUUUGCUCCAGAAGGUGAUAUUAAUCAAGAAACAUUGUGGCGAGAUGCUAAUCCCGAAUCUCUAAUGGACUCAAAAUUACGCUGUGUAUUUAUUCCAGAAACUACAGCAGAGAACAAUCUGGAUAGUUCUCAAACACAAAGGGAAGAGAAACCAGCCACAGCUAAGGUAGCAAAUGAACCAGCAAAAUCAUCACCCAAGACUUCUGCUAACUUUGAAGUCGACUUAAGAAGGGCUGCUGAAGAAAACAAACGACUAAAAGAAGAUAUUGCCCAAUUAAAACAAGAAAAUUCACAAUUGAAGGAAGAAGGACUGAGGUUGAGAAUAUCUAGAAAUGCUGAACAGCAAAAUCUUUCUCAAAGAGAAACCCAAAUACAGAUGGCUCAAAAGCCUCAAUUAUCAUGGUUAUAUCUGGUUAUUGUUAUUUUUGCUUUCUUUCUUGGCUACAUGUUUGCUAAAUACUUUCUGUAGGCAUUCCCAACUUUAUUAUCCUUUUCCUGUUACCCCUCCCACUCUGUUGGUCUCAAUUAGAGUCUGCCUCCAUUACUUACUGUCAGAUCCUGGCUGUUUAAGCCUGAAGUUUGAGACAAGUUAGAAUCAGCAAAUAAUACUUUGAAAUUCAAUUAUUCAGGCUUUGAUUACUUUGUGGAUAUGGGGAAAAUUUUUCCUACAUCUAUGUACAUUGUGUACAUAGGAGAGCAGUGAUGAUACCUUUGUAAUUGUUUUUUCUUAAGUCAUUAAUUUUUUCACCUAAAAGUUAUUUGUAACAUUGGUUUUGUCAUAUAUCAAAUAACUUUGUGAUUAAAAGAAAAUGCAUAAACAUAGUAUAUAUACAUGAUGAUGCUGGUCAAAGUUGCUAGAUAGUUUGUGUCACUUGAUUUAAGUUUUUAUUAUCUAGAGUGUUGGUAUUGAAGUUUGUGUAUGCAUUUAGGCAUGUUU